AAAACGUAUGUUUUAUUCUUUCCCAAAAUCAAUUGUACAAUGUUUAAAAUUUUUUAUAUAAAGGCCGCAAAGUAAUUUAUCCAUCUCCCAAAAGCUAAAAGUAAAACCCUUUUUUUGUAUAGCUUCCAACUUUUUGUCAUUCAUCUUCUCAUCUUUUAUCUUCUCAUCUUUUUUUGUAUUUUUAUAUUAUUGUAUUUUCAACUCUUCAUCUUCAAUGCUCGUUUCGUCAAUUUCUCAAGACAUUGCCAAACAUAGUACCCAAAUAUGGCAUUUUGCAGCGGCUUGCAGUGCCGCACUAACAUACAAAUGCCGCCAUGCCAGUGUUCUCGCCAGCCACAGAUUCCACGCAAACACCCACUUACUCAUCCAGCCACAAACCCCGCAAAACAACAGACCAUUGAUACAACAAGGAUACCCAAUCCAUGUUGUCAAGGGUGAGUCGACACUCAUCGAUCCCCUACAGUACAUACUCAAGGACUCAAUUUCCAACACCAGCUAUGCGGAUAACAGGGAUGCGCAUAUAAUUAACGAGCUGCAGGGUGCCCUUCAGUCAGCCACUAGGGUUGCGGAAUCUCUCGUACACGCGUUUGGUUCGGAUCUGGUUACGAGAGGCGUCAAGUGGGAGGGGAAGGCAGCUCGACUGGGAAGGGUGGUUUCUGAUACGCGGAGCUCGGCAUCUGGCGGUGGACGCACUAUAGAGCUUGAAGUUACCCCGGCACAGCUACAUAAGCUGUUGAUGAUGCGCGCACCCGCAUCAUCAUUAAUACCAAACAACACUGAUGCAAUGACCUUGGCCAGCAACAACAGCAAAGGCAAAUAUAUUGAUGGACUUUACAAAUCCAAUGACAAUGGAUGCGGUUAUACCCCAAUAUCCACCGAAUCGAUUUUGGACAAGAACGAUGUUAUACGCAAAUGGUCACUGGCAACUGUAGCAGCCGUGGCUUUUUUGGGCGUGUCUACGUUUCUUGGCUUGGACAAUGACUCGCACCACUUUAAUAAAAUGACGUCGAUUGAUGUGAGCAACAUCCUGUGUUGCUCUUGAAAAAGCAUUAAUUGUAUAUGUUCAAAUUUGAAUUAAUUUAAUAAUUUAUUAUAUAUACGAGUACUUUUCGCAAAACAA